AUGAAUGCUCGCGAGAAACUUGAAGAAGGGUAUUCUACCCAAAGACCACCAAUGUUCAAUGGCAAGUUUUAUUCAUACUGGAAGAAUAGAAUGGAGAUAUUCAUCAAAGCUGAAAAUUACCAAGUAUGGAGAGUCAUUGAAAAUGGUGACUUCGAGUUAACAAAAACCAAUGCAAACAAAGAGGUAAUCCCUAAACCACUAGCUGAAUUUGAUAAAGAAGAUUAUGAAAAAUAUGAGUUAAAUGCUCAAGCAGUGAAAAUCUUGCAUUGUGGACUAGGACCUCAUGAGCUCAAUAGAAUCAUGGGGUGUAAGUCCGCAAAGCAGAUUUGGGAUUUACUGCAAGAUAUGUUCACUAGAUUUACUAACAUUGUCAAUGAGUUAGAAUCUUUAGGUAGGUCCAUACCCAUUGAUGAACAGGUAAGGAAAGUCCUUAGAAGUCUUCCUCAAGAUGAGAGGUGGAGAUACAAGGUCACUGCUCUGCAGGAAUCCAAGGACUUCCCCAAGUUCAACCUUGAACAGUUCAAUGGUUCCCUGCUCACUCAUGAACUCCAUCUUGGAGCAAACUCUGAAAGUUCCAAGAACAAGAGCCUUGCUCUAAAGGCUUAUGAAUCAAGCGACUCUGAAAAUGACGAUGUGGAAACUGCCAUGCUUGUACGGAGGUUUAGGAGAAUGCUAGGAAAAAGAGGAGAAAAGAACAGACGAGGACAGCCAAGUUCCAAAGAUUUCAAAUGCUACAGAUGCGGUUCCGAAGAACAUCUUCUCAGAUACUGCCCUAAUCCUAAGGAGGACGAGAAAGCCAACUACAAAGGCAAGGAACAGAACAAGUAUUACAAAUCAUCAUUCUCCAAGGAAGAUGUAAGAAAAUCCAUGAUGGCUGCAUGGGGAAACUCUGAUUCAGAAGAUGAAGGAGAAGGAGAAUCCAUAGAAGAAACAGCCAACUUGUGUUUAAUGGCUAAAGCUAAUAAUGAAGCUCGUCUGAAGGAACUUGAAUCUGAGGUAUGGUAUGACUAUCGACAACUCAAACAUUUAAAUAAAGAAAAUCUUAUGGAUAUUAUUCUGGAACUUCAAGAGGAUUGUAAAGAACUAAAUAGGUCAAAGUUCCAAACUGAUCAAGCUUUAAAAAUCCACAAAGAACAUAGUGAAUGGGUUGAUAAUAUGAAAGAUGAUGUUCAAAAUAGAUUAUUUGAUUUAUAUGAUAAAAAUGUCCUUCUAAAAGAACAAGUUGAAAAACUAAAACAUGACAAUAUACUGUUAAAUGUAGAGCUGGCCCAACUAAAACUUGGAAUUGACUUUCCUGACACUGAAGUUCCUAUUGCAAACCAACUUCCAAACUUUGAGAAAUUAAAAUCAGAUUUGGAAGAAGUUAAAAUAAAGAAUCAAACCUUGGAGGAGGAACUUGCUAGAGCCAGGAAAGGCAAAGAAGUGAUUAAUAAUGGAAUUCCAUCUUGGAUAGCUAAUGCUCCAAACAAGAAUAAAGGAGGACUAGGAUAUAAAAAGAAAUCUAGGAGAAAUAGGAAGUAUGUAGAUCUACCCAGUCAAAAAUUAUGUCACUACUGUUGUGGUACAGGACAUCUUCGAGCUACAUGUCCUAAAAAAUUCAAGAUACUCUUAAUAAUACUGAGCAUGCUGAACAGAAUCAUUAACAAUGACACUAACAAUAUUAUUCUCGAAGGAACCAGAAAGGGGAACACAUAUAUUGUGGAUCUCAAUGAAGUUCCACGUAGUAGUUUGACCUGCCUUAGUGUCAUUGAGAAUGAUCCCUUAUUGUGGCACAAACGAUUUGGCCAUGCUAGCUUUUCUUUGCUUGAUAAACUUAGGUCGAAAGAACUUGUGGAAGGACUUCCAUCCAUCAAGUUCCUAAAAGAUAAAGUUUGCAGUGCUUGUGUUAAAGGUAAGCAGACACGAAUUUCUUUCAAAUAUAAGAAUAUGGUAAGCACCACAAAACUAUUGGAACUUAUUCAUAUGGAUUUGUGUGGUCCCAUGAGGAUACAAAGCAGAAGUGGCAAAAGGUAUGUAAUGGUUAUUGUAGAUGAUUUUUCCAGAUAUACCUGGGUUUUCUUUCUUGUAAGUAAGGAUGAUACUUUUGAUCAGUUUGUUGCUUUUGUGAAGAAAGAACAGAGAAGAACAGGUCAUCAGUUAGUCCACCUGAGAUCAAACCAUGGAACUGACUUCGAAAACUCAAAAUUUGAUGAGUUCUGUGAAGAACAUGGAAUGGACCACAACUUCUCAGCCUCCAAGACUCCACAACAAAAUGGAGUUGUUGAACGGAAAAAUAGAAGCUUGGAAGACAUGGAAAGAACAAUGUUGAUUUCUAGUGGACUACCUAGGAACUUCUGGGCAGAAGCUGUAAACACAGCUUGUUACAUAUUGAAUAAAGUCUCUAUUCGAGCUAUAACCAACAAAACACCUUAUGAACUAAUGAAAGGAAGAAAACCAAAUAUCUCUUACUUUAGAUCUUUUGGUUGCAGGUGCUUUGUACACAAUAAUGGGAAGAGAAACUUGGGAAAAUUUGAUGAAAGGAGUGAUGAGGCUGUGUUCUUAGGAUAUGCCUCAAAUAGUAAAGCUUAUAGAGUUUACAACAAAAGAACAAUGUGUGUUGACGAGUCUGUACAUAUAAUUUUUGAUGAAACUGACUAUGUGAUUGAUGUACAGGAUGAUGAUGAUGAUUUCGAAAUAGGGUUGGUAAGAAGACAUGACCCUGAUGAGGAAUCAACUGCAUCCAUGAAGCAGCAAGACAAGAAUCCUACAGCUGAAAAUCAAACUGCAACUAAAACAGAAGUUCCUCAAGAGGAACAUCUAGAACCUGAUAACCCAGAAUCUGAGAAUCCGAAGCCACUGAAUCAAGAGACAGAAGACAAUGGUGCUGAACCAGAAAGAUUAUAUCCAAUCAAAGACUUUACCCCUAAACGUUGGAAACAUCAAAAGUCUCACCCAAUGGACAUGAUUAUGAGUGAUAUAACCAAAGGAACUCAGACUCGGUCCCAACUAAGGAACUUCUGUGCAUUUUACUCAUUCCUAUCUACCAUGGAACCAAAGAACUGUGAUGAAGCCUUAUAA